CGACUAUUCUCACUUUCACGGGAGCUUCUCCUGUUGAGUUGUACUUGUGUUUCAGCUCCAAAAAGGUUCUUCCCCAGGGUGGACUGGGAUGAUGAAGUACUUCCUCGCUCACCUGGUGGUGGCCUUAUUUGCCUAUAUUCGCCUGACAGAUGCAUCAUGUUCGUAUACCGAGGCGACUGGCUUACUCUCAGGCUACAACAUCAAAAGCUUCAGCGACAUCUCCCUCGAUGGCUGUAAGCACGAGUGUGAUAUAAACCCAAAGUGCCUGAGCUUCCAAUACAGAACCAGACUGUGCUAUCUGAAGAAGAAAGCGGAAUCUCCGAGCAGAUACCUGUACAAGACUUACCAGACGUACAGAAUGUUCACAAAAAUACCUGCUGGGUGCACCGGAUCAGCAAUUACGUCCCGGUGCCAGUACAAUAAGCAAUCGGGUAACUGUAAUGGCCACGAUAUCAAAGUGCACGUCCAUAUGUCACUGGUGGGUUGCGAGAUUGAAUGCUCAAAUCGGUUGGACUGCUACAGUUUUCACUACACACCCAACAUCCAAUACUGCUACUUGAAGAACUACAUCUGUACUGAUGCGCAGCUUGCCAGCAAGGGCGCGGCCAAUACCAACCAAUAUGCGAAAGCCAAGAAUUGUCCCGCUUACCCAGGGUUUACGUGCCAGUAUUCUGAAAGAGCAGCAGCAUUUUGCUCUGGUCACGUUAUACAGACACUGACCAAAAUAUCUAUCCAGGCCUGCCAGGCUCAAUGCGACAACAAAGUUGACUGCUUCGGCAUUUCCUACCAAACCACUGGUGAAAUUUGCUGGAUCCAGAAUCAUGCCUGCUCGGAGGCCCAACUGGUGUACAAGGGAAACGUCAUCUACAACCACUACACAAAGGGAGCUUGUCAAAAAGGAUCCCCUGUAAAAUGCGCAUUCUCACGACAAACUGGCAACUGUCUCGGAUACAACUUGGUGGCCUUUAGUGGCACAUCACUCGCCGCAUGCGAGAUGGAAUGCACCCUGCGCCCAGCCUGCAAGAGUUUACUAUGGUUCUCCAAAAAGUGUUGGCUCAAGAGCAAGCAAUGUACGACCAAAGAGUUAAAAUACACGAAUCAGCAGGCGUACAACCAGUUCAAUAAACCGGCAUCAUGCAAUUCGGGUAAAAAGUGCUCUUUCACGAAGCAGUAUGCAUAUUGUAGUCGUGGAACCGCUUUGAAAACGAUAUCACGUGCGACACUCAGCGCUUGCGAGACGGAGUGCAGCUUGCUUCGGCGAUGCGUCGGCUUCAACUACCGGACGAAUACGUGCUGGCUUCAGAGCACUGUUUGUACCGCGAAAAAUCUUCUAUAUAAAGGAAACAAAUACUACAAGUACUACACUAAGAACGACCGCACAUGCUCAGUUCCACCAGAGGGGCACUGCAAAUUCAAAUUUGAAUACGGCAACUGUAAUGGUCAUGACAUCAAGAGCUACGCUGCAGUUACCAUUGACUUCUGUGAGAAAGAGUGCUCCAAUCUGCCAGACUGUAUCAGUUUCCAUUAUAACUCCGCCCGGUACUGCUACCUGAAGAACUACAUCUGUUCGGAGAAGCAACUGGCCGGAAAGACGAAUCUUGCAACUUCUCAGUACAUAAAGCCCGUGGGUUGUUUCCCGAGGACCGAGAAGAUCUGCAAAUAUAAAAAAAACCAUCCGGCUCACUGCGCAGGUCACGUGAUACAAACAAUCUCCAAGGUUGAGGUCGAAACUUGUCAGACUGAGUGUAACAAUAAAGUGGACUGCCUGAGCUUCUCCUACCGGCACAGCGACCAGAUCUGUUGGCUGCAGAACUACGCCUGCACAUAUGCACAGAUGAUCUACAAGAACCUUCCGGAUUACACUUACUACACAAAGGAAGAUGGUUGCAAAAAGGGAACAGGUGUCUCCUGCAAGUAUAAGCUCUCUUUCCAUGACUGCCAAGGCCACGACAUUCUCAUCCUGAGUUCCGUGUCCUUAGCCACGUGCGAAAUGGAAUGUGAAAUGCGUGGUUCAUGCAAAAACUUUGUCUAUUACAACACUGGUUGUCGGCUGAAGGAUUACAAUUGCCCAACGAAGGAGUAUUGGAAAGGGAGAACAGGGAAUAGAUACUACAAGACAUUUACCAAGCAAGGCGACUGCGGCCAAGGUGCCAAGUGCUCCUUUGGUUUGAAGUAUGGCAACUGUCCCGGUCAUGUCAUCAAGACUCUUACUACGACUACCCUUGAGGAUUGCUUCACUGAGUGUUCGGCCAUUCGCCACUGCCUCGGCUUCCAGUACCGUUCCAAGAUAUGCUGGCUCCAGAACUAUGUCUGUACUGACAAGCAGCUCCAGUACUCGGGACAACGACUCUACAAGCAGUACACUAAGCGUGAUCUUGACUGUUCGGCCUCUCCAGCGAAGUCUUGUGACUUUCCCAAGACCUAUGGUAACUGUAAUGGACACGACAUCAAAAGUUACGCAGGUGUCUCACUGCAGUUCUGCAAAACCGCUUGUACGAAUCGAAUUGACUGCCUGGCUUUCUACUACAACUAUGCCCGUAACUGUUAUCUCAAGAACUACAUCUGUACGGAUGCUCAACUGGCAAUAAAGGGGAAUCCACUUAGCGCAAACUUCGUGAAACCUGUCAGCUGCACCCCAAGCCUUGGGCGUGUCUGCAAGUACUCCCUACGCCAUGCUGAUUGUGCUGGCCAUCAAAUCCAGUACAUACCAAAAAUCAGCCUCAAGACUUGUGAGACACAGUGCAGUAACAAUAGGGACUGUGAAGCGUUCCAAUACCGGAUUGGCAACUGCUGGUUGAAGAACUAUGAUUGUAAGGAAAACCAGCUUACUCACAAAAACGACGGCAACUACCACCUCUACACGAAGAAAGAGUGCUCGGCAGCGACGAGCGAUCCCUGCGUAUUCGAGUUGGCAACUGGUGACUGCGUCCAAGGGACAAUAAAGACCCUCACUCUAGUUGCACUGGCAACUUGCAAGAUGGAAUGCUCACAGAUGGCAAACUGCAAAUCAUUCCAGUACAGGGUAACAACUUGUUGGCUGAAGAGUAUCAAGUGUACUGACAGUCAGUUAAGAUACAAGGGAAACAGAUACUAUAACCAAUACAGGAAAACAGGAAAAUGCAAGAUAGAUAGAGGCCCGGUAUGUGCGUUUAACUUACGCUACGGAUUGUGUAAUGGCCGUGACAUCAGAAGCUACAGCGAUAUCUCACUCAGUGCCUGCUUGGACCAGUGUUCCGUACAAAAGCUAUGCCUUGGGGUUCAGUACAGGACGAGAACGUGUUGGUUGAAGAACUACGCGUGCACGGAUGCCCAGCUCCUUUACAAGGGAAACAGACUGUACAAACAGUAUGACAAGAAAAGUUUGAGCUGUGGUACACCACCAAGCGAUGUGUGUCAGUUCACCACUGAAAAAGGAUUCUGUAGCGGUCAUGACAUCAGGGUCCACUACUACUUAUCCUUGGAUGCGUGUAGGACCGAUUGUUCCCGGCGAAUCGACUGCCUCAGUUUCUUCCACAAUGAUCGGGCCAAUCACUGCUACCUGAAGAACUAUAUAUGCAAGCCUAACCAGCUCUUAUACAAGACUAAUGCUCUCUACAAUCAAAACGUCAAGUCAACCUCUUGCAAGAUAAUACCACUCUCGAGGGACUAUCCAAGUCAAGUUUGCGCCUAUGCUGCAACGAAGAAGGCUCUCUGUUCCGGGCAUGUCAUACAAACUAUUUCGAAGAUCGAACCAGAGACCUGUAAGACUGCGUGCAACCUGAAGGUCGACUGUGUUGGGUUCUCCUACCGAUGGUCUGAUCAGGUUUGCUGGUUGCAGAACUACGCUUGUAAAGCGAACCAGUUGGUAUACAAAGGAAACGCAAAUUAUGACAACUAUAUCAAAGAAGAUUGUAGGAGAGGAUCUGAUGUUAAGUGUCAAUUCCGUCGCUCCUACGGAACCUGCGGUGCCUAUUCGUACAACUGGCGCAUUGCCACCUUGACGAACGUCAGCCCCGAAACCUGUAUGCAGGAGUGCAGCCAACGAGGAGAAUGUAAAAACUUCCAAAUGAGACAGAACGUUUGCUGGCUGAGUGAUUAUAAGUGCCGUCCCUCGGAGAUGACGGGUGUAGGAAAUAAACUUCAGAAUAAUUUUGUCAAGACAGGGCAGUGCACAAAAGGAACAAAAUGUAGCUACAGCAUCAGAUACGGUAACUGCCCCGGUCGCGUCAUCCAGACUCUGACCUACGUCCACCUAGAGAGUUGUAAAGCCGAGUGUUCAAGAAUGCACAAUUGUCAUGGGUUCCAGUUCCGCUCCAUCUAUUGUUGGCUUCAGAACUACGCCUGUGACGACAGCAAACUACAAUACAAAGGAAAUAGGCUUUAUAAGCAGUAUACCAAGAAUGACCGACGUUGUUCCGUCCCACCAAAUAAGUAUUGCGAAUUUGAAUUCACCCAAGCUAACUGUAAUGGUCACAACUACAGGACGUACUCUGCCGUCUCUCUCGAAUUCUGUAAGACAGAAUGUACCCAACAAAUUUCCUGCCUCAGCUUCCAGUAUACUUACACCAGAAUUUGUUAUCUCAAGAAUUUCGACUGCGCGGCCAACCAGUUUUCACAGAGAGGGGUGGUAGGAGCUUCGAAUUACAGAAAACCUAAUUCAUGCGGACCAAGGAUAGGAUUUAUCUGUGAAUACAUCCACAGAAAUGCCCUCUGUUCCGGUCACGUGAUACAGACAUUGACCAAGGUUGACCUCGACACGUGUAAAACUCAGUGCAGCAACAAUCGGGAUUGCUUGGGAUUCCAGUUUAAGGUGGGCACCUGCUGGAUCCAGAAUUAUGACUGCACUGAUGCGCAGAUGACUCAGAAAGGCAACCAGAACUACCAUAAUUACAGAAAGAAAAACACAGAGUGUCCCAAAGCCAAAGCUCAUGUCUGCCAGUUCAAUCGUGUACACGGUGACUGCAACAAAAAUAUGCGUAACAUCCAGGCGUUCACGGCAGUAUCCCUCAGGACGUGUGAAAUGCAAUGUUCCAAGAUGGCGGAGUGCAAAAGUCUUCAGUACCGCGACACUAGGUGUUGGCUCAAGGACCAUAUCUGUACGGAUGCUGAGCUCUCGUAUAAAGGCAACCGUUAUUACAACCAGUUUAGGAAGACAGCCUCGUGCAAGCUACCAGUUCCUGCAGUAUGCAAGUUCACAAGACGUUACGGUCUCUGCAAUGGUCACGAUAUCAAAAGUUUCUCUGGCAUUACACUGGAGACGUGCCAGGCCGAAUGUUCCGCAAGGACGGACUGUUUGUCGCUUCAAUACAGGAGCAAUACUUGCUGGCUGAAAAACUACGUUUGUCCACAGGCUACGCUUCUUUACAAGGGCAACAGGCUGUAUAAGGAUUAUGUGAAGGACAACAAGAACUGCGGAAGGCCUCCGACCAAAGGAUGCAGUGGCUUCAAAACCGAACAGGGCACCUGUAGCGGACAUGCCAUUGCAACAUAUGGUGGUUUGUCACAAGCCGCUUGUGAAAUCGAAUGCAGCUACCGGGUCGACUGCUGGAGCUUCCUGUGGUAUGAACCAUCGAGUACUUGCUACCUAAAGAACUACAUCUGCUCGACCCAACAACUUAUUUAUAAGACGAACAGGUAUUAUACCCAGACCGUCAAGCCUAACAACUGCAAUAUGCUGGGCAAAGUCUGCGAUUACUCUCUGGAACAUAACGAAUGUCCAGGUCAUAAUAUCAAGACCAUGGCCAAGGUUGACCUUGACACAUGCCGAACACAGUGUAACAACGAUCACGACUGCCUUGGGUUCCAGUACUUCACCAGGAUUUGCUACAUCAAGAACUAUGAUUGUACUCCGACACAACUCAGGAACAAAGGGGACUUGAACUACAAUCAGUACUACAAGAAAUCUUGCAAACGAGGACUUGGUCCUGUUUGCCCAUUCACCAGACAAUUCGGCCAAUGCCGAGGACAUGCCCUUGCCACACUUCCCGCUGUCUAUUUGCCAACAUGCAAGAUGGCGUGCUCGAGACGAGAGGACUGUCUGAGCGCAUACUUUCAGAGGCCCAAUUGUUAUCUGAAAACCUAUGUGUGCUCAACAACAGAACUUGCUUACAAGGGUUAUAGAUAUAUGCAGCAGUUCACAAAAUCAAGCACAUGUGCAGCGAACGAAGGUAAGGUCUGCAGCUACACUGAAAGACAAGGAGAUUGCGUCGGCCAUGAUAUUCUUAAGCUCACGGACGUGGCUUUCCGCACCUGCAAGGCACAGUGCGCCACCUCAAAGGCCUGUCGCAGCUUCCAAUACCGCUCGAGGAACUGCUGGAUUAAGAACUACGACUGCAGUAAAAAGCAGCUCAAAUACACGUCCUUAAUGCAGUACAGACAGUUCAGAAAGGAGAUGCCAUGCCAUAAAUCACCAUCGAAGGUGUGUAAGUUCGAAACGGUUAAUGGGGCUUGCAACGGCCAUGAUAUCAAACGACUCACUUCUGUUACAAUAGAAGCUUGCAUGGCUGAAUGUACUUCACGAUAUAACUGCCAAAGUUUCUACUAUACCUGGCCCUACUGCUACAUGAAGAAUUACAUCUGCAAGGAGAAUCAAUUGGCCAGUAAGCAGAUUACCAACAAGCAGUACAACAGAGCAACUACAUGUGGUCGUGUCAAAGGUAACCUUUGCAAGUUUAAGACAGUUGCGGGCUACUGCAAUCGGUACAACUUCAAGACAUACCACAAGCUGAGCCUGCAGGCUUGCCAGAUUGAGUGUUCAAACCGAAUGGACUGCGUGAGCAUCAUGUAUUCCAAGUCGGCAAAGCAAUGUCUUCUGAAGAACAACCUCUGUAACCAGAACGAAAUAUCACUGAGGUCAUCAACAGACUACAGUGUUGGUGUCAGAACAGAUGAGUGCAGCACCGUACCAGGUCACAAGUGCGCAUACACCAAACAAAUCGGCAACUGCGCCGGACACGCCCUCAUCACGUUCACAGAUAUACACAUGGACACGUGUCUCGCCGAGUGUAAUGCGAGAGAUGACUGUUACUCUGCCGUCUAUUACCUGAAGAAUUGCUAUCUGAAGCGUUACGUGUGUCAACCAAAUCAAGUGUCCAGCAAAACCAACCCCAACUUCUGGAUGUUUACAAAAGAGAAGGCGUGCAUUCCACCCGUGCCUUGCAAGUGUAGGUUCCAAGGAGACCCACACUACUACACAUUCGACCACCAGAAAAUCAACUUCCAGGGUAUAUGCAAGUACACGGCGGCUAAGUCCCUUGAUCAAAAAGAUAAGUGCGCUUUCAAGAUCGAGACGAAGCAGGAAUACCGUGGCAACCACGCUGUUUCAUAUGUCAGAAGCGUUGACUUGAAGAUGUUUGGACAUGUCAUCAGACUUCAGAGAGGCAGGAUAGCAUUCGCCGACGGCGAACGUAUUUCCAUGCCUGCCUUGAACAAGUUCGGUCACUUCGACGUAACUUAUUCUGGUGGAUAUAUGACGGCCACUGCCAAGGAUUGUAAAAUUAGCAUCAGAUACAAUGGAGACUACAUGGCUUCUGCGACUGUAGAUGGUACUUUCCGCGGCAAGAUGAACGGCAUCUGUGGUAACUGCAACGGCAAGAAUGACGAUUGGGUGACCAAGGAAGGCAAGCCUACCCACGACGCCAACGAGAUUGGUAACAGCUAUCAAGUGGCUGAUGAUUCAGAUAUGCCGUCUAAGAACUGCAAGAAACCAGCACCUGUCAUUAAAUGUUUCGAACCGCUGAAGACCGAGGUCGCCACCAACAAAUACUGCGGUUACAUAAAGGAUACCAACGGACCUUUUGGCGCCUGUGUUAGAAGCAACAAAGUUGGGCAUAUGAAACAGUUUCAUGGUUGUCGUUAUGACGUGUGUGCGCUUGGUGGAAAUGUCGCCCUAGCUAAGGAACAGUCCUGUGCGGCUUUGGCUGCUUUCGCCAAUAAAUGUACUAACAGGGGAUACCGAGUAAAAAAAUGGAGGACAACAGACUUUUGCCCCAAGAAAUGUGGACCCGGGCAACGCUAUUCACAGAAUGCCAACUCCUGUCCCAAUACAUGCGCGAAUCCAGUUGGCAACUUCAUUUGUAACAAGCCACCAGUGGAAGGCUGCGAGUGCAAAUCUGGCUACGUUCUGUCUGGAACUAAGUGUAUACCGCUGUCGAACUGUAAGGCAAAACCAGGCCCGCCAUGUUUGAAAAAGAUCGAUAUCGUAUUCGUGGUCGACAGCAGUGCUGGCGUCACUGACUUCAAGAAGAUGAAGGCAUUCAUGGCUAAUCUUGUGGCAUCUCUCGGAAAGAUAGGGCCCAAUCAUGUUCAGGUUGGUGUCGUGAGAUACUCAACAGGUGCAACGGAGGUGAUCAGGCUGAACCAGUACAAGAACUUUGCUACACUCCAGAAAGCCAUCGUGGACAUACCACAUGUCCCUGGCGCUACCUACACAGCAAAGGCACUUUAUUUGACCAGAGUCCAAGCUCUUACCAGCACCCACGGCCGACGAGGCAAUGGCGUUAAGAGCAUGGUCAUAGUGCUCACCGACGGAAAGGCAACUGACCAUAAAAGUGUUGGCAAGGUAUCUGAUGAUCUGAGGGCACUUACUCAACGAAUCAUCGCUGUUGGCAUCGGACAUCGUAUCAAUGAACAAGAGUUGGAGCUAAUGGCAAAUGGAAAGGAGAAUGUCAUUCGAGCAAGCUCGUUCAGUGAUCUUUCCAGCAAAAUUAAGAGCGUUUUGGCUAAGACAUGCGACUGCCCAAUUGGCUUCAGGGUGCGUAACUUAAAGUGUGAAUUUGCGGCUUGUCCUGAAGGAUACGAACAAGUUCAAGACGGAACAAGGAUGUCUUGCAAAAAGAGAAAAUGCCCAGUUGGAUUCAUAUUCACUAAAGGAAAAUGCACAUAUCGCGCAUGUCCAGGAGGCUACAUUGCCCUCGUUGUCAACAACGAGGUCAUAUCAUGUUGGCCGAACCAAGGCAAAAAUUGUCCUCAUGGGUACAACGAGAUUACACUCAAUGGUAAAAAGGUCUGCGCGAAGCCUCAUGAACCUAAUUGUCCAGCCGGGUCGAAGGUGGCUACAGUCAAUGGUAAACGGGUUUGCCAAGUCCCAACAAGUGGUGGCUGUCCUCGUGGUUCAGUGGAAUACUUCCACGAUGAGAAAAGGGUAUGCUACAGGCCUCAUCCUGCGGCCUGUCCUGAGGGAACUAUACUGGCUAAAAUUUAUGGAAAGAAAUAUUGCUACAAAGGACGAGGAUGUCCCAUUGGCUACACAAGGGCUGCGGAAGAAAGAAAAUGCAACUUUGUCAAAUGUCCAGACCACUAUGUCAGAGAGAAAAAUCGGUGCAAACAUAUCCGAGCUCAGUCAUGUCCAGCCGGUACUACAGUGGGCAAGAUCGGAUUUGCCCAUGUUUGCAUCAAGAAUGCAGCUUACCCAUGUCCAAAAGGUUCAGUCGAAGCCAUUUUCGGGGGUAAAAAGGUUUGCUACAAAUACACAAGUCCAUUCAAGUGUCCUCCUGGUCACGUCCAGGUUUACUACAGAUGCGUCAAAGAUGAGCACACGUGUCCUAAGGGAACUAUCGUUGUUUCUCUCAAAUGUCAUAGUAUCUGCUCAAAGACAGGUCCCAAGUGCCCCCAAGGAACAGUCGAAGGCAAGGCUGGAGGUCACAGCGUGUGUACCCGGCCAGAAUUCGUGUGUCCCACUGGAUACCAGAAAGAAGGAAUGACUUGCAACAGGAUUGUCCCCCGUGGCCAUGCAUGUGCCACCGGAACUAUUCGAGUGACAUGGGCCGGACACGUCUACUGUAUAAGAGGCCCGCCACCUGGUGAGAAAUGCCCUGCAGGAACAAAGCAGGAGACAUUUAUGGGCAGAAAGAUCUGCGUUAGACUGCCAAAUGAAAAGAAGGAAUGUCCAAGAGGAACAUAUAAGAUCAAAUAUCGGGGCAAAGUGUGGUGUCUUAGAGGCCCAGUUCCUACACCAGGCAAUUGCCCUGCUGGUUUGGCCAGGAUCGUAUGGAAUAGAAAGACAUUCUGCUUCCACAUACCACCUCCAAAUGUGGCUUGUCCCGAGGGCAAAAUUAAGGUGAAAGUUGGUAAGAACAAAGUCUGUGCGAUGAAACCACCUGCAGCCGGAAAGUGCGCUGCUGGAACCAUACUAUUAAAACUUGGCUCAAAGACAUUCUGCGUUCGAGGACCGGCUAAGAAGCCCACCAAACCUGUCAAACCAGUAGUUGAGGAGAAAUGCACAGCCGGAACGAUCCGAAUUAACUGGAUGGGUCGUGUUUUCUGCAUCAAAAAGCCAAAUGCAGAGCAGAAAUGCCCGAAAGGCACUAAAUUUAUCAGUCUUGGAACAAUUCAUCUUUGCGCGAGAAUGCCAGGGAAGUCUGGAUCCUGCCCAAGAGGAAGGUCCGCCGUCAUUGCAGCAGGAAGGAAAUACUGUCUCAGGGUACCAGGUCCAAAACCAGAACCACCACUUACAUGUCCUAAAGGCAUGAUGAAGAUCACAAUCGGAGACACGUCAUUCUGUGCCCAUGCACCAGGUCCCGCCAAGCCAUGUCCGAAAGGUGCAGAAAGGGUCAAAAUGCGUAACCGCGAUACAUGUAUCAAGCCGCCAGUUGCUGGAAAAUGCCCCAAAGGAAACUGGAGAAUCGUAUGGAAUUACAGGGCAUACUGUUUGCCUUUGGCAAGGCCGAAGCCAGGAUCUUGCCCAGCAGGAAAGAUCCGAUUGGUAUGGAAUGGUCACACUUUCUGUUUCAAUGCUGCAGUACCAAACCAAGCUUGUCCUGCAGGCCAGAAGAAGGAGAAGAUACGUAGACACGAAGUCUGUAUUGAGACAAAGGUUACAGGUAGAACGUGCGCUGCCGGCCAAACGACCAUUAAGUGGGACGGAAUGGUAUUCUGUUUGACAGUUCCACAUGGACCUGGACCGAACCCAAGUCCCAUUAAAACAGUAUGCAAGCAUGGAACCACAGAGCGCAUGUUCGGCAAUAGAGCAUUCUGUAUAAGUCCAACAGAAAAAGAUGGUAACUGCCCGCUCAAGACCGUGUCAUUCACCUUCCCGGGCGGCAAAUCUGGAUGUAUCAAGGCUCCUGGACCAGUACCUCAACAAAUGCAAGCCCAUUGUCCAAAGGGAAUGACGAAAAUGGUAUUCGGAAAUGAUGUCUUCUGCGUCUAUCAAUCACCAUGCAAGCCGGGCAUCUCGGAAUUCUCAUUCUUUGGAAUAGACGUGUGUGCUCCAGCUCCAGUGAAUGGCAAGUGUCCGUCAGGAUUCAAAAUUUACUCUAUAGCAGGCCAGAAAAUGUGCGUUAAAGACCUACUACCAGCUGGAAUUUAUUGUCCAGAUCCUUCAAUGGAAAAAAUGAAAGUCGGACUACAGGUGUACUGUGUCUUGCCAGCAGGAAGGGGUGGUUGUUCUCAUGGUCUCAAUCAAUUGCAGUACAGAGGAGAGUUAAUCUGUAUCAUGAAUCCUGGAAAAGUGCCAUCCAUUGGAUGCCCUGCGGGAAGUGAUGGCAAGGUCUAUGGAGGAAUUCCUUUCUGUGUUAUUCUUUUUACUGGCAAAUGCGAGGAAGGUACCACCGAGAUGGAAUUCGAUGAUGAAAAGUACUGCGUCAUUGACUAUGCAAAGGACACACAUAUAAAACUCGGAGCAAUCGCGUGUCCGAAAGGAUCAGAGAAAGAGGUAUACGGAGGAAUCACGUUCUGUUUUGAGAGCUUUGUUGAAAAUGAGGAGUGUCCAAAGGGCUCCAAAGAAAUAUCCGUCGGCGGGAAGGAUCACUGUUACGUCGGGGCAGGACCUGGUGGUGCAGGUUUGAUUGGAUGUCCCAAAGAUACGCUGACCGCUGAAAUUCAUAACAAGCAAUACUGCCUGCUAUAUGCCUUCGGAGGGCAAUGUCCAGCAGAUUACAUAAGGUCUGGUUUCCAUGGACACUUGGUCUGCUACGAGAAAUCCGAAUUCACGUGUCCGCCCCGAUAUUAUUUGAAGAACGGCUUGUGCGUAGAAACGAAAUGUCCUGCUGACUAUGAUGAAGGCUAUUACAACGGAGAGAAAAUGUGUUUUAGGAAAUUCUCUGGCAAGUGCGAUGAUGGUUACAUAGAGGGCGAGUACAAGGGGGAAAAAGUGUGUUAUCAAAACUACGCGAACUUUUUGAUUGUCUGCUCGACUGCCGACGACCAGCAUUUCUUCAAAUUCGGCGAGACCUACGAAGAUAAGGAACAGUGUGCAACAUAUAAGUGCAUGUUAUCAGGGCCCAAGACCAUUGCCCAAACGUGUCCGGGCAGCAACGGCACAUGCCACAAGCCUGGUACAGUGUUCAAGUGUCAGUACGGCGACAAGUGUUCGUGUGAAAUAGAAGAAAACUACGUGCAGUACACACUGACAGAGUAGCUUGGUACUUGCAUGCAUGUUAUUCUAUCUUGGGUUGUUGUGACUGUUUUCCACGAGCUCAAAUACAAGUCUUGUCACACUGCUCUAAACUUCAGAUAAAUUCAGGUUUGAUUGCUUUUUGGGAAAAGCAAUCAGUUUUUGUUCCUGAUAUGUACGUUCAUGUAGUUUUUGCCGAUGUUUCAAUUAUUUGUGGUUUAUCGAUUAAGUUAGGUUUCGCUAUCUCGUUCCAAGGACCGACCCAUUGAUUGAAAAUGACCGACUUAAUAUGUGAAUGACGUCAAUUUUUGGGCAGGUUUCUCGAUCUCGUAACCGGAUUUCGUGAAUCAAGCAUCGGUACCUGAUGGCCCUUCCGUUUUUUAGAAUAACUUUCUGGAUGGGAAAUGUGUGCACUGUACCCAUUAAUACACGAUACAUUCACUAAAAACAAUGUAAAUGUUGUCUGUUAACCGAGAGAGAAUGAUGAAACAGGUCGAACAACGCCAACAACUUGAUUGCUAAUGCGUGCAUAUAUGUCAAUAUUACUGUUGGUAUUCGAAACCCUUUUUUUGUAUUUUCGAUGAAGGAAACGGGAAUAGAAACCGUUGUGGGUGUAGCGCUUCUCAGACGGAAUGGCGAAACCUCACUGAAGUCGUUCAAAUCUUAUUCACCAAUGCCAAUGAUCCAUGAUUGAAAAUGUUCCAAUUUUUCGAUGUCACCACAGAAUGAAAAAACUGAAACUAUUGCAAAUUAACAUUUGAUUGAUGCUAGAAUUGCUUACACUAAGUUGAAACUCAAGUACUUUUACUCUGUGAUAUACUAAUCUAAAUUGCAACAUUCUGCCUCUUCCGUUUUGUUCCUCUAUUGGGUUGUGGAUACUGUUAUAAAAAUCGCACGAAGCGUUUUUAAAAAUUGUUAUCCGAAUUCAAAUAAACAUUUGAAACGUC